AUGGAAGUUGUGAAAAAGGAGAUAAUUAAACUUCUAGAUUGUGGGGUGAUCUAUCCCAUCUCCGAUAGUCGUUGGGUUUCACCUAUCCAAUGUGUGCCUAAGAAAUCCGGAGUGACAGUUGUGGAAAAUGCCGAGAAUGAGCUUGUACCCAUGAGGAUUCAAACCGGUUAUAACCAAAUUGUCAUUGCCCCGGAUGAUCAAGAAAAGACCACUUUUACUUGUCCCUUUGGAACGUUUGCAUAUCGACGCAUGCCAUUUGGCUUGUGCAAUGCUCCUGCCACGUUUCAAAGGUGUAUGGUAAGCAUAUUUUCGGAUUAUGUUGAAAAGAUUAUUGAGAUAUUCAUGGAUGAUUUUAGUGUGUUUGGUGAUUCAUUUGACAAAUGCUUGGAUAAUCUCACUUUAAUCUUGAAACGUUGUGUUGAAACAAACCUUGUGUUGAAUUGGGAAAAGUGUCACUUUAUGGUUAAACAAGGUAUUGUUUUGGGAUUCUAUAGAAGAUUUAUCAAAGACUUUUCCAAGAUUGCACAACCCCUAUGCCGCCUCCUCCAAAAGGAUGUGUCUUUUGAGUUCAACGAGGCAUGUGAGAAGGCAUUCAAGCAUCUCAUGGAGCUACUUACCACGGCACCCAUCAUCACUUCUCCGGAUUGGUCCAUUCCAUUUGAAUUGAUGUGUGAUGCCUCGGAUUAUGCACUUGGGGCUGUUUUGGGUCAAAGAAAAAAUAAACAUUCCCAUGUUAUUUAUUAUGCUUCACGCACUCUAAAUGAUGCUCAAUUGAAUUAUUCUACAACCGAAAAAGAACUUUUGGCGGUUGUAUUUGCUGUAGAUAAAUUUAGAUCAUAUCUAAUUGGUACUAAAGUAAUUGUUUUCACUGACCAUGCAGCCUUGAAGUAUCUUUUCACCAAAAAGGAGGCUAAACCAAGGCUCAUUCGUUGGAUGCUCCUACUUCAAGAGUUCGAUAUUGAAAUUAGGGACAAGAAAGGUUGUGAAAACGUGGUGGCUGACCACUUGAGCAGAUUGGUGCGUGAAGAAGAGUCCCUCCCCAUUUCUGAGACGUUUCUGGAUGAACAACUUCUGUCCAUUAAGGUAAGUACCCCUUGGUAUGCCGAUUUGGUCAAUUUCUUGGUGUCUAAGCAAGUUCCUAACACCCUAAGCAAGGCCCAACGUGAUAAACUUAGAAAUGAAAUCUUUGAUGUGUGGGGUAUUGAUUUUAUGGGUCCUUUUCCUACAUCUUUUGGCUUUACUUACAUAUUACUUGUUGUUGAUUAUGUGUCGAAGUGGGUGGAAUCUAAAGCCACCCGAACUAACGAUUCUAGAGUUGUUGCAGAUUUCGUUAAAUCUAACAUUUUCUCUAGAUUUGGGAUGCCUAGAGUGCUUAUAAGUGAUGGUGGAUCUCACUUUUGCAACCGCACCAUUGAGGCAUUGUUGAGGAAGUAUAAUGUGAUGCAUAGGGUUGCCACACCUUAUCACCCCCAAACGAGUGGCCAAGCCGAGGUUUCCAAUCGAGAAAUCAAACAAAUCUUGGAGAAGACCGUUGGGCCAAAUAGAAAAGAUUGGAGCUUGCAUUUGGAGGAUGCAUUGUGGGCGUAUAGAACGGCCUACAAGACACCCAUAGGUAUGUCCCCAUUUCGGCUAGUGUAUGGCAAGCCAUGCCAUCUCCCCGUGGAGCUUGAGCACAAGGCACAUUGGGCGGUCAAAACUUUCAAUAUGGACGUGGACAUGGCUGGAAAUCAUAGGAAGCUCCAAUUGAAUGAGCUUGAGGAGAUUAGGCAUGAUGCUUAUGAGAAUGCCCGGAUUUACAAGGAGAAGACCAAGGCGUUCCAUGACAAGAUGAUUAGAGGCAAAACAUUCUCCAUAGGGCAGAAAGUGUUGCUAUUUAACUCCCGUCUUCGUCUAUUUCCCGGUAAGUUACGUUCUAAGUGGGUUGGCCCAUUUGUUAUCACUAAUGUUUUUGUGCAUGGUGCAGUCCAAAUACAAAGUUUGAAAACCGGCCAAGAAUUCAAGGUGAAUGGACAUAGAUUGAAGCCCUACUACGAGAACUUUGUUGAGCAUGUUGUGGAAGAAAUCCCACUAGAUGCCGUGGGCUCCAAUGGGGCAUGA